AAAAAUAUCUUUUUUUCCCUUCCAGAUGUACAGCACUUAAGAGUCUCCAUUUCCUCCGGUGUUUUCCUAGAAGUAAACCUAGUCAUGCAGAUCUGAAAAUUUUUAUAAAAAAUGCAGUUUGAAUUCUAUGGAGUGUACUUUUGUGUAUGAAUAGUUAUAUAAAAUAUUGAGUUCUCAAAAAAGAAGGCUAGUUAGUAAGGUACUUCGUGCAACAGGAAUGCUGUGGUAAAACAGGCUUGUUAGGUACUUGUGGUAACAGAAGAGAGAGCUCUGUCUUCAUAAAGUGGUUCAUCUGUAAUUAUAACAGAUGUAGUGAAGCUAAGGUGGACUUUUAAAAAUGCAGUCUAUCAAGUUUAUGGACAAAAUACUGUGUUGACCAGAUAUAUUAAAAUAAUAGACACAGGAAGGAUUAAGGUACUAACACAUAAGAUUUAACAGGUGAGAUUAAUAACAGUUCAAGCUUUAAGUAAAGGUCAUUCACCACGCAUACUGUAGUCUUAAUAGGUGUGUUAACUUCCCCAGAAGGUAACUGAGAUUAGUAUAAACCACUUCAGGAAAUACUGUGAUGAUGAGCUGUGGGAAAUUAGCUUUUAGGAAAUGUAACCAUGUGGAGAAUUUACUUACUUGUAUUUGGUAGACAAUAGAGUAGGUUUGGACCUUAUGUUAAAGUCCUUAUAAGGUGAAAAAGCCUGCAUAUAAUUUUUCCAAUAUAGUCAGCACCUGACUCAGUAUAUCUUGACUACAUAACUUUUUUUAAUGAAAGUAAAUUAUGGUUAAAUAGCUCUUGGGUUACCCAAAAGGGUUCAUAUGAUCCUAGAGUCCUGAGUAGUGUAGUAUUUUGGGAAAUGAGACAGGUUUGUCCUAUAUAAGGGUGAACUCAUAUAAAUGCAGUCAGGUGUAGUGACUUCCACCCAGUUAGGAUCUGUCUGUGGUAGAGAUCUUACUUAGUGUGAAGGUGUGAGAAGCUUCACAAAGGCAGUGUAAGCUUUUAGAGAUACUCUCACUACUCAUGCACACAGCUCUCUCCCAAAGAGUUGUCCAAGGUACCUUACGCCAAAACCCCACAAGUAUAAUGGAAAAUAGCACAACCCUGCCAGACUGGACAAGAGAGAGCAAAGAAAAAAUGAAGUAUGAUUUUUCAUGUGAGCUGUAUAGAAUGUCCACGUACUCAGCUUUCCCCACGGGAGUUCCUGUAUCGGAAAGGAGCCUAGCUCGAGCUGGCUUUUACUAUACAGGUGUCAACGACAAGGUCAAGUGCUUCUGCUGCGGCCUGAUGCUGGACAACUGGAAACAAGGCGACAGUCCUGUGGAAAAGCACAGGCAGCUGUACCCCAGCUGCAGCUUUGUUCACACCCUGCUUUCUGCUAAUCUGCAGUCUCCAUCCAAGAACACAGCUCCUGUGAGAAGUGGGCUUGCACAUUCGUUACCUAUUCCAGAACGAGCGGGUACUCACUCCAACUUGUCCUCAAAUCCUCUCAAUUCUAGAGCAGUGGAAGACUUGUCAUCAAGGACCAAUCCCUGCAGCUAUGCCAUGAUUACUGAAGAGGCCAGAUUUCUUACUUACAGUAUGUGGCCAUUAAGCUUUCUGUCACCAGCUGAGCUGGCCAGAGCCGGCUUCUACUAUGUGGGACCUGGAGACAGGGUGGCCUGCUUUGCGUGUGGUGGAAAACUGAGCAACUGGGAACCGAAGGAUGACGCUAUGUCAGAGCAUCGGAGACAUUUUCCCAACUGUCCAUUUCUGGAAAAUUCUUCAGAAACGCAGAGGUUUAGUAUAUCAAAUCUGAGUAUGCAGACACAUACUGCUCGAAUGAGGACGUUUCUGUGCUGGCCGUCCAGUGUUCCUGUUCAGCCUGAGCAGCUUGCAAGUGCUGGAUUUUACUAUGUGGAUCGCAAUGAUGAUGUCAAAUGCUUUUGUUGUGAUGGUGGCUUGAGGUGUUGGGAAUCUGGAGAUGACCCCUGGGUAGAACAUGCCAAAUGGUUUCCAAGGUGUGAGUUCUUGAUACGGAUGAAGGGGCAGGAGUUUGUUGAUGAAAUUCAGGCUAGAUACCCUCAUCUUCUUGAACAGCUGUUGUCCACUUCAGACACCCCAGGAGAAGAAAAUGGCAACCCUCCAAUUAUGCAUUUCGGACUUGGUGAAAGUUCAGAAGAUGUGGUCAUGAUGAACACGCCUGUGGUUAAAGCAGCUUUGGAAAUGGGCUUCAGUAGGAGCCUGGUAAGACAGACAGUUCAGAGUCAACUCCUGGCCACUGGCGAAAACUACAAGACGGUCAGUGAUAUUGUCUCAGCACUUCUUAAUGCUGAGGGUGAAAGAAGAGACGAGGAGGAGGACAGACAGACUGAAGAACCGGCCUCAGGUGACUUGUCAUUAAUACGGAAGAAUAGAAUGGCUCUCUUUCAGCAGUUGACCUGUGUCCUUCCUAUCCUGGAUAAUCUUCUUGAGGCCAGUGUAAUUACUAAACAGGAACAUGAUAUUAUUAGACAGAAAACACAGAUACCCUUACAAGCAAGAGAGCUGAUUGACACCGUUUUAGUCAAAGGAAAUGCUGCAGCCAACAUCUUCAAAAACUGUCUAAAGGAAAUCGACUCCACAUUAUAUGAAAACUUAUUUGUGGAAAAGAAUAUGAAGUAUAUUCCAACAGAAGAUGUUUCAGGCUUGUCGCUGGAAGAGCAGUUGCGGAGGUUGCAAGAGGAACGAACUUGCAAAGUGUGUAUGGACAGAGAGGUUUCUAUUGUGUUCAUUCCCUGUGGUCAUUUGGUAGUCUGCCAGGAAUGUGCCCCUUCUCUGAGAAAGUGCCCCAUCUGCCGGGGUACAAUCAAGGGGACUGUACGUACUUUUCUCUCAUAAAUGAAGAAUGGUUUUAAAGUAUUAUUGGACACCAGAAGCCAUCUGAACAAAGAAUGGAUUACUGAUUCAACCAGUACAUUCAUGUUUGCUCUUCUUCAGAAUUACUCAUCUUGCUUCAUGAAAGGUGGUAUUGUGUAUUUAAUCUUGAUCUGUUUAGUUGAAAGGGAAUGUCUAUGCUGAUAAGCUAAGGGAGUGUGUAUGUAUAAGGAGUAGUAGUGUUUGCUGUGUGUCAUUCAGGAGUCACUGGAUUUGGAAUUUCUGAAAACUUUAGGUUCAGGUGAUGUAGAGCUCAGAGACUCUGGAAACCAGUAGUCCUGGCACUCAGCAGUUAGGGUGCGCCAUGCUUCUUGGUGCUUUUUCCUUCUGGAAAAUAAGGAUUUUUCUGUUACUUGGUAAAUAAGAUUCCCCUAGUUGUGAGAAACAUAUUAAUAAAGUGUUUUUUAAAGGCUUGCAUCAUCA